AUGAACGGCGCCAAGGUGGAUGCUCAAGAUGAAUAUGGACGGUCGGCUUUGCACACCGCUGCUCUGUAUUCACAGAGCAUGACGAGUUGGCUGCUCGAGGCGGGCGCAGACGUCAACUCAAAGACUGAUAGGGGACUGACUCCGCUUUUCCUGAUUUGUCAGAAAUCUAAUGACGGUCAGAUUGCUCUUGACGUUCAGCGAAAUGCGAAAGUUCUCAUCUCGCACGGCGCAGACUUGGAGGCAGGACUGUUUGACAACGCGCCCCUGCUAGUGGCUGCACUGAGUCGCUAUGAUGACGGGCUUUUGGAGCUGUUGUGGGAUUCCAGUGCCGACAUCACUGCAGUCAGCGUGUACGGGGGAUCAAUACUACACCAUACGGCAAUGUACGGAGGGUUGGCACGCUUCAAAUACAUUCGAUCCCACGAGAUCGUUGGCAUCGACCCCGACGCUUCGACCUUGGGCGGAAAAGUCCACUGGACUUGUUCGGAAUUCGUCUCCUGGACAAUUUGCGUUCGAUGGAAGACAGGGAACCCACAUCAAUUGGGGCCAGGCACGAGAAUAACAACGCUCCAAGAAGUUUCAGUGUUCCAGACCUUUUUGUCGGAGAUCAGGAGAAGGAACUGGGCGGUGGGUCUCUUUCUGUACUCGAAAGAGCUCUUCAAGGGCGACGAGUCCGACAUCAUAUCCACCGACGAUAUAGACGAUGCCUGGAAUGAGAUUGGCGACGACAACGAUGGGCCUCACAUCGUAAAAUAUGGCGAUGGGUACAGGAAUAAAAACUCGGCCGCAGACCACGCAGCCGCAACUUAUGCGGUAGCUCAAGCGUGUGCCCCAAUCCAUGACAAGGCCGUCAAUGAGGCCCUUGCGACCACGCGUGAAUCGCUCCAGGGACUGGAACAAGUUAGCACGAAAAUGGACGUCUACAAGAGCGAUCUAGACAAAGUCGUGGCUUCGGACGACUUCAAGAAAUCAUCGGGUCCGGCCAGCAAGUGA